CAUUUUUUAUAAUUUACCUUUCAUAUUUUCAGGUUAGUACUUAUUUAAAACAGCUUCUUAAUACUUCUGAAAUUGAUUUGAAUAUUGGGAAUGUCUUGACUGCUUAUUCCAAUGGUAGUGCUAUGGACUAUAUAUGCAAAACUUUGAAAGUUGAUGUAGCAUGUACUCCAACUGGUGUUAAACAUCUACACCAUAAAGCCCAGGAAUAUGACAUUGGGAUUUAUUUUGAAGCCAAUGGUCAUGGAACUGUUUUGUUUAGUGCUCAUGCUGAAGAUAUUAUUUUAAAUACUGCUGGAAACACUAAUUUGUCUGAUGAAAAGCGAUCUGCUGCUCAGAGACUGUGUACUCUAAUUGAUUUGAUCAACCAGACUGUGGGUGAUUCUAUUUCGGACAUGCUGCUUAUAGAAACCAUCUUGCAUUCUCUUGGUUGGAAUGCAGUAAAGUGGGAUGCAAUUUAUAAAGAGAAACCAUCUGUCCUCAAACAAAUCAAAGUAAGAUUUUAA